AUGUAUCUAAUGGACGAGGACUAUAUACCGUUCGAUCCCUUCAAUAUCGGUCCAAUCGACACCAAAGCGGCGUAUAACUACACGGCACCCGACACCCCAACCUAUCCGCCACCUGUCCACGCCACCUGGCCGAAGCCGAAGGAGCACACCAACAGAUCCGUAUCACAGGCCACCCUGACCAAGUCGAGCGCCGACGCUCUCCGCAGAACCGAAUCGAAACUGGGCAAAGUCGCGGUUUCGCAGGCGAUCAACAAGGAGAUGAGCGCUUCCAAACGGCAAAUACCUGAGGGAUCACACUAUCACAUAGGAGGCAGGCCGAAGAGUUCACGUGCAUCCGUUCGAUCGAAAACCACAUCGGCCGACCAGCACAGAAGUGAACCCAAGCAUUCGUCCUCACGCACCAGCAGGCGUGAGCAUGCCGGAGGCCAUGCGAGCUAUGUGAGUGCUUCGCAGAGGUCUCAGGAGAGCCGAUCGAGUUUCCAGCCUGAACUGACAUCCAAUGCCCGAUCUCGAUCCACGCUAAAGGUUAAAGAGUCCCGCGAGUCGAGGACAUCGCACACACUCAACCGGGAAAACAAUGAGGAUAACAAAUCGCGUGCUUCGGUGAAGUCCAAGUCUAAAGAGGACGGUGCGGAUAAUGUGUCCCGUGGCGGCGAUAAUAUAUCCGUAAAGUCCAAAGGGAAAGAUGAGACCGAAAAUCCAAUACACUUUGACGGAAGCAGAGCCUCGAUAAGACAGGUGGCCGACUACGUGAAGAAAGAGCUGCAAAUGUCGAUGACAACUUCAAAGGAGCUGGGCGAGAAGGCGGCGCUGCUCAGCGAUCGCCUCAGAGCCGGCAAUGAGUUCAAGCACAAUCGCUUUCACUCCCUGGUGCGCAUGUACACUCUGAAUGAGCCACUCAAGCGUUUCCGUGAUGAUCGCAUGUCCCUCUGGUUCAAGGAUGCAGUUCUUUCCUAA